UGGCAUCACCAAUUGCUGUUGCUUGUAUACAGAAAUCGACUUUUGCGUUGAUUUGGCAGCUCCAAUGUUGAGCUGACGUCUUAUAAAAUUAGAAGGGAUCACUUGAGUUUAAUUUCAAAAGUACAAACAUGAAAAUUAAAAAGGAAAUCGACUCAGAAGAUGCAAAUGGCGAAGCCGCCCGUCCUGCCCAGCUGCGUGGUAAGCCCGAAAACUAUUGGGAACUCUGCCAAGCGCUCGAGUCACACGAUGAUACUGAUUUCGAUGAUUUUGAAAGUGAGAUGCAGUCCAUAGCGCUAGCGCCCAGUAGUCUGGGUCCGGAAAAUGGAGUGGAGCAUAAAGUAAUGGUGGCCACCAAGGCAAUUGACCGCGAGCGCCAGAAUCGAACGCAUGCGGAGUUGCUGAUGGGGGAGAAGGAGUUGCCGGGUGCUCUGCGCACGCUGGCACGAGUCUACGACUUCCAGAACUGCCGGUUACUAGACAAGCCUCGGGAGGCGGCUGUGAAGCCGUUGUGCGUCAUGAGCAAGAUGCAGCCACCAAGACUGCGUGAGGUGCCUGUUGUACCGCCGGAGCUCGAAACGAUUGUCGUGGACCAGUCACAGCCGCAACAGCAACCACCGGUACAGAAGCAAUAUCAGCAGCAGCCACAGCAGCAUCAGCCGCAACAAGCACUGCGACCUACAGCUCCUCAGCUAACGCAUCCUUUCCAGCCUUCACCUCAUUUACAUGCUCAUCCACAUCCUCAACUUCUUCCGCAAUCUUUCCCACAAUAUCCUCCUCCUCAACUACUUUCCUUCAAUCCUCCCCAUUAUCCUCCCCCUCAUUUUAAUCAUCCACUUCAUCAUAAUCAUCCUCCUCAACCGUUCGUCCCUCCUCCACUCCCUUGUCAUCCAUCGAGAUUGCUGGAACCUCACCGCUUUGGCCAGGAGCUGCAUUCCAGAUUCAUUCCAGCCCAUAACAACGAACAUGUCUUUCAGAACCCAAUCCGAUUUCAUAGCAGACCUCCGUCAAGACAUCGACAGCCUCAGUACGUUCCACCUCCUCGCCAGCCACCGCACCGUCAACCGCUAUAUGCGCCGCCUCAACGCCAGACGACGCACACGCCAAUUCCGAGCGGUUCACGUCCGACGCGCAAGCCUAUUAUUGUGGUUCCUGAUGAAUUCACAAGUUUGGUUACUCUGCACAAUGUGCAGCCGCUGCUGCAGGAGCAACGCUUCGUGCCGCCGGCUAUAAUGAGGCGCUCGGAUCUACGGCUGCUGGAGGAGGUCAGCAUAGUGCGCAACUUCCGAGGCGAACAGCAGCACUAUCGAGUUAUCGACAAUGUCGCGAGAUUAACAACGGAAGAUUGGGAUCAGGUUGUGGCCGUAUUCGUCUUUAAUCCCCAUCAACAGUUCAUUGGCUGGCCCAAUCACGGCGACCCCGCUGUCAUCUGUCGUCAGCUGUGUGCUUUUCACUUGCACUACAAGGGAAAAGCCAUUUAUCGGGAACUGGAAUCCCUGUGGCUCAAUAUACUUAGUAUACCAGAGGAUGACCGCAGUCUGGACGGCGAUAUUCUGAUAGAAUUUUGGCGCAAGCUGGAUCAGCACAUGGCCAACAAAGAUCGACCCAUAGGCUUUGCCCGUCAAAGCUAGUCGAACUGAAAAUGAAGCACACUUAACACACUUCGUCCUAUAAUACAUAAAGAUAUAAAAUCAAUAAAUGAAAUUGAAUAAA